UGCGGUAUCGUCAGUACAGCGCUGCCAGCGAUAUCCAGCCUGGUGAGCGCGAUUGCUGCUUUCGACAGUCCACCAGCAGCUGUACGCCACGAUAGACGCUCGCUUCUCGUGAUCCUAUCGAAUAUAAAACUCGCGAGAGUACGGAGUGGUCCCCCGAAAAGGCGGUCGCCUGUAGCACGUGAGAAACCCGGGACGAACCGGACCAAACCGCAAAAUCAUAGUUUCAGGUGUACGAGCGCGCGACGCGACGCGCAUCUUGGCGAUUUAUUAAAAGAAUCGCGGUCAACAUCGAACCUGUGCCGUGACACCGUAAUGUAGGUCUUGGUUUCGUGCACGAGAACGUAGCCAAUACGAAAAUCCCGUGUGCCUUUGGUAGAAGCGACGUGCGGUGUGCCAGGCAGAAUAAGACCGAUGGUUGAUGCCGGAGUCCGGAUCGUCCGAAAACCAGUGACCUCGACACAGUUUCACAUCCGCACGCACUAGCACUAAAUGUGACAGUGUUUGUGUGUGUGCGUGCGUGUAUGUGUGUAAAUUUAAGUGAAUGUCCACUGUGAUAGUGUCCCUUGAUCGUGGUUGGUGUGGUGGUUUUAUGGAAGGCACUAGGGCACCACAUCGAGCACCAUCCUGGGCCGUCUUGGUCCAUCGGUUAUCGGUGGCAGUGUUACUGCUGCUAGUAAUUGCACUCCUCUCCCUGUUCGUCGCUCCGUCCAAUGGAUUAGCUACUACUGAUGCACCGCUGCAGCCACCGGAGUGGCCGAGCCCGGAUCGCUUAGCAGCUCCCGAACCACCGGAUGAUGGAUCGCGCUUAUCACCAAACACAUUUGCAACGGAUCGAAGAACUACCUCCGGCGCUGGCCAGGACUUUUACGGUCGUAAUCCGAUUUAUCCGCUGCUGAUACCAUCGAACGAACCUGCCACUGCCACACUGACCUACAAUCUCAACGACAAGGUUACCGUUCUCCAUCUUAUCCGAACGGCUGUCGACGGAGGGUGUCAGCACUAUCGUCACGCCUCACGUAACCUACCUCACGAAGCGACGUCGCAGCUGGUCAGUUGUGAUGAUCGAAUCAAUGGCACGAUCCAUCACGAUGAUGCCUCGUAUCGUAUCGAGUAUGAUGCUUCCGCAGGACUGCAUUUCAUUGAAAGGUUGCAGGAAACACGCCACGAUGGGGUUGAUACGGUACGGCAUCGAGCGAAACGUAACCAUGGGGGUUCAAUCAUCAGGGGUCCUUAUCAGGCGAAUCGGCAUAGCCGCUUCGUGGAAAUGGUACUCGUAGUGGACCGAGCUUUCUACCAGAGGUUCGAUAAAGAUGAGUGGAAAGUGUACGAUUAUUGUACAAGUAUCGUGAACCAUAUCAACAUGAUGUACAAUCCGCUCAACAUCUUUAUCGCCCUGACGAACGUAAUCGUGUGGAAGGAUCGGGAUCUGAUCGAGAUUUCCAACAGCUCCGAGGUGACAUUGAAUCGAUUUCUGAAGUACCGCGAGCAGAAACUACUCCCCGAAUAUCGCCACGAUCACGCUCAGCUACUGACGGCAAUCCAAUUCGAUGGGAAUGUCAUCGGAAAGGCGAAAGUGUCCGGCAUGUGCUCCGAUCAGAGCUCCGGUGCGAUCGUGUUCGUCCACACGGACAGCGUAGAGAUGCUGGCGAGUACGGUGGCUCACGAAAUGGGCCACAGUUUUGCGAUGGAACACGACGAUUACGCCAAGUGUCACUGUCCGGACGCGAAGUGCAUCAUGUCCAGCUCGGUAUCGGCACCGCUCAAACACUGGAGUAACUGUAGCGUUCUGCAACUGGCCACCGCCUUCGAGCGAGGACUACAGGCAUGCCUCACGAACCGUCCGACGUACCUGGCGAUCCCAAGCUGCGGUAAUGGGUUCGUUGAACCCGGUGAAGAGUGUGAUUGUGGACUGGAGGAAGCUUGUGAGAACCAUUGCUGCAAUGCGACGACCUGUACGCUGCGCCCAGGGGCCCAAUGUGCCACCGGAGAGUGUUGUAACAUGGAAACGUGCCGGGUGCUUGAGGCUACCACCGUUUGCCGGCCAGCGGAGGGUGAGUGCGAUCUACCGGAGUUCUGUUCCGGUGAGUCGGAGUACUGCCCGCGAGAUGUGUUCAAGCGCGAUACGGAGGUGUGUGCCGAUGGUGAGGCACACUGUCUCGCUGGUCGCUGCCGAACGCGCACGGAUCAGUGUCGAUUCCUGUGGGGAGCAUCGGGCCGUGCUGCUGGCGAAGAGUGUUACGCGCUAAAUCGGCAAGGCGCGAAGCAUGGCAACUGUGGCUAUGAAGUACACCCGGAGGAGCGGUACCACAAGUGCCAUGAGGGCGAUGAACUGUGUGGUGUUCUUUUUUGUCACCAUUUGCGAUCGGAUCCGGAACUGGAUAUUGUGCUGUUUCAUGAUGCAAGACGAAAGGACGUUCGAAGGCAUAAUGAUUCCCGUCGAUACAUUCACUGUUACUCGGCGCACGUUGAUCUGAUGGACGAUGGACACGGUCAUCAGCCAGCAUUCGUACCGGAUGGAGCUCCUUGUGGCCCCGAGCGAAUGUGUUAUCAGAAACGAUGCGUAAGGAUCGACGAGCUGGAUCGGAAGAGCUGCCCUCAUGAUUGCAACGGACGAGGCAUUUGCAAUAGUAACGGAAACUGUCACUGCUCGCCCGGUUACGAUCCUCCGUUCUGCGAGCAUGCCGGAGUUGGAGGAUCAAUCGACAGUGGACCACCGGCGCUGAUAUCGCCGGUACGGCAUUAUCUUACUGUAACGGCGCUCGUUGUGCUCCUCUGCGUGGUCGCGAUCGUACUGAUCAUGCUUUGGCUGCGCAUUCCGUACCACCGACCGAUGGCGGCCGGAUUCUGCGACGCAAAACGUUGGAUGCCACCCUGGGCACAACCGUGGCGGUUUUACCGAGUGCGUGGCUCAAGUCCCAGGACUGUUUCGUUGAGACCACCGGCGGGGGUGGCGAUCAAUCAGCAUAACAUAUCACUGCCAAGCUUUCACUCCUCGACCAAGGAUAUCAACAACGAUCGACAGUUUCGUCCGAUCGAGCAACUGAGGACGCUCCCGCCGCUGGCUCCGGAAACGGGAAGGAAAAUUACGGUUGUGAGGAGACCGGAAGGACGUCCCAAAGGUCCUCCGCUCACUAUCGAGUAUCCGGUCGUGAGCUCAACGGUGGGCACGGCCACAGGUCCCACGGUGGGACCGGUCGUGGUUCCAGGAAAAUUAAACCACCGACAGCUUCCGGCACAAUGGGGACCUCCAGUGCGGAUUCAUCAACCACGGAUGCAUUGAAAGUCUGCCGAUGUGUCCGUCCGUCACUGCUCAAAUCAACUGAACAAUAAGGGAAAGAGACUUAAGAACUUAAGACUUAAGAAUCGAAGAAAGCUUUGCAGAAUCGAAGAAAGCUGCAGAUUGCUGCCACGUUCACGUUCCUCCUUACGAGCCCUCCUUACGAACAAUAAAUGCCAUUUUUUCUAGUCCUAGUCGU